AAUGGACGAUUUGUAAAUCUCCAUAAUUUCUUGUUCAUAAUAUUUAACAAAAUGACCUUGCCACCAGUUAAAUGGAAGGUAGGUCUACUUUCUCUGUAUGAUCACGUCACGAAGUAGUUCAGAUUACCCUUUAUAAAUACCUAAACGUCUAACAUUAGAGAAUCGUUUCCUUCUCAGAAUCACUAACAUUUUAUUUAUUUAUGUCUGAUGAUAGAUGAAACAAAGCAGGAGCUGUCCUUUCGAGACACUCGAGUCUGUCAUUCUGGGUGACACUAAACACGUUCUCUUGGCCGACACGUGACCUCUAAAGCUUAUAUGCACUUGCUCGAACGGAUCUCUACUGGAGUCAUGCAUGUCCGACGUUUGGUAUCUAGCUUCGUCCUAUGGGCGUGUUGUAUGGAUACUCUUGUCUCUUCUUCAUUAAUACAAAGACUGCGAGAGAAACAAAGCAACGAUGAAAAUAAAUCUCGAGGCCUGGAUUUAACUACAGAUGCAUGGAUUCACGUUCCUCAAGUACUUCAGGAUGUUUUAGCUUCUAUAGACGAUAGAUUGCGUGGUUUAGAUACGUUUGGCUACACGUUGAAAUUAGCUAGAUUGGACUUUUCGCUAGAACAAUUGGUAAGGAGAUUGGAAAAUAUAGAAACUAAAUUAGGACGACUGGAAACGAAGUUCGAUCUAAGAAUGGAAAAAGUGGAAGAGGUUGUUAUAGGUAAAGACAUUAAGGAAGAAUUUUCCAACGAACAUCUAUCUAGAAGAAUGGAACAUCUUAAUGAUAAGUUAAAUAAUAAAGCAGCUUUUCUAGAUGCCAAAAUAGAUAUAAAAAUGGAAAGAAUAACUAACAAAUUGGAGUUACUCGAAAGAGAUUUACAUAAUUCUGUUGACGAUAUACUAGAAAAGUUAGUAAAAAGCGAUGACAGGCAUCUGCAGUUCGAAUCAACAGUUUUGUCAAAGUUUCUGAAAGUCGACGACGUGGUUAACAGUGUUAGCGAUCUAAGAAUAUUUUUGAAGGAAGAAUUGGUUAACUUAUUCGAGAAAAGGAUGGAUAAAUUGGAUACUAAUACAGUGACGAUACUUGGUAAUGUGGAUAAAAUUCUGAUAGACGAGGAGGCGAAGUCGAAGAACAAUUUGAAUCAUUUGGGUGAUAAAAUGGAUAGAUUUCACAAGGAGCUAACAGUGGCAGUGAAUAAUAUCUCCUUUAAUUGCAAUGGAGAAGGCCAGAGUAGAAGUUUGGCCACUCGAUGCGAAACUUCAGCGCGCAUUCAAACGCAAUUUCAGCAACAGAUGGAAAGUUUAACUUCUUUAGUCGAGAAAUCAGUUAAAAUGGAAGAAGUCAGAUUUAAAGAAUUGGAUACGGAUAUUGAAGUAUCUACAAAAAAGCUCAUGAACAGCAUUCAGGAAUCUAAGAGGAAUUCGGACGAACAGAAAUCGCUGUUGAUUAAAGUUCUGGAAAAUGGAAACAGGAGUCAGAGUCUACUCCGUCAAGAACAGCGAGACAGGAUAGAACAAAGCUCCAAAUAUCACGCUACUUUAGCGGACGUGAGUGGGAAUUUGGAUAAAAAAGUGACCGAGUUGAGAUCAACCGUCGAUACCAGCUUCGCUACUUUGCUAGUGGCUCAAAAUACUUUUAUCAGCACUUGUAAACGGAUUCAGGAAGAGGAGACUCAAAUUUACGACAUUCUACAACAGAUGGUAUUAGAAAUGAGGAACAGAUCGGUUUCUGACGUAUAUAAAAUCGGAGCCGAAGUACAACAGAACGGGAUUAAACUAGCUGCGACUCUAGAAAAGAUAUUAGCAGCCGCGUCAUCUUGUAAGAACGAAACGAUAAGGGAGAUCAGGAAGCACGUCAGCAAAUGCUCUCUUGGACAUAAGAAUUGGAAACAAUUAUCCGAAAUGGCGAUGCAAAACGGAACUCGAUUCGAAGACGCCAAUGAUUUUCAGGAAUUUACGAACGAUUCCGAUCAACUCGGACGCAUGAUGGAUGUUAAUGGAACCACCAGCGAUUACGAUGCUGAUUAUCCAGUUACCGAAACAGAUUACGAUGGAUCUUAGCCGUAUUUUGUAAAUUGUAGCGGUCCAGGAAGCCUGUAAUAUGUAAAUAUGUUUCAAUAAUAAAUAGUUCGACGCCCAUAAGUAAGUUUUUGCUUUUCAUUCUCAACCAACCUCGUCAGCUUAGAUUAAGAAUAAUUUCACAUAAAUUGAUUCGGGACGUGUCGGGCGAAGUGUUUGAGCCGACUUUUAAGAUAAUCUUCUGUAGACAAUAUACGAUAAUAUAAAAAAAAUAUCAGCCAUCUUGGAAGUUCUUUCGUAUUGAAUUUUCGAUUUGCCUCUCACUAAUUGCCUUAAAGUUGCGAAGAUCGAAAGGAUUUUAAUUAAUUCUAUUAUUUUAAUUAGUGAUUCAAAAAGUAGACGAGUUUAUUCUUUAAUUAAAAAAAUUUAAACUCCGAUAAUCUCGAUUAUCCAGCCUCAGGUUAUUUAACUUGUUUUUUUGUUAGACGUCAUAACUGUUUAAAAAAAGGUUAGUAAAUCUAAGGAAAAAACAAAGUAUAAUUCAAUUUUAUCAAAA